AUGAAGCACAAGCAGAAGAAGUGCAAGCAGCGGAAGCGCAAGCAGAGGAAGCGCAAGCAGAGGAAGCACAAGCAGAGGAAGCACAAGAAGAAGAAGCGCAAGCAGAGGAAGCACAAGAAGAGGAAGCCAAGCAAGGAAGCACAAGCAGAGGAAGCACAAGCAGAGGAAGCGCAAGCAGAGGAGCGCAAGCAGAGGAAGCGCAAGCAGAGGAAGCGCAAGCAGAGGAAGCGCAAGCAAGGAAGCGCAAGCAGAGGAAGCGCAACAAAGAAAGCGCAAGCAGAGGAAGCGCAAGCAGAGGAAGCACAAGCAGAGGAAGCGCAAGCAGAGGAAGCACAAGCAGAGGAAGCACAAGCAGAGGAAGCGCAAGCAGAGGAAGCGCAAGCAGAGGAAGCACAAGCAGAGGAAGCGCAAGCAGAGGAAGCGCAAGCAGAGGAAGCGCAAGCAGAGGAAGCGCAAGCAGAGGAAGCACAAGAAGCACAAGCAGAGGAAGCGCAAGCAGAGGAAGUGCAAGCAGAGGAAGCGCAGAAGAAGAGGAAGCACAAGCAGAGGAAGCGCAAGCAGAGGAAGUUCAAGCAAAGGAAGCGCAAGCAGAGGAAGCACAAGCAGAGGAGCGCAAGCAAAGGAAGCGCAAGCAGAGGAAGCGCAAGCAGAGGAAGCGCAAGCAGAGGAAGCGCAAGCAGAGGAAGCACAAGCAGAGGAAGCGCAAGCAGAGGAAGCACAAGCAGAGGAAGCACAAGCAGAGGAGCGCAAGCAGAGGAAGCUCAAGCAGAGGAAGCGCAAGCAGAGGAAGCGCAAGCAGAGGAAGCACAAGCAGAGGAGCGCAAGCAGAGGAAGCGCAAGCAGAGAAGCACAAGCAGAGGAGCGCAAGCAGAGGAAGCACAAGCAGAGGAAGCGCAAGCAGAGGAAGCACAAGCAGAGGAAGCACAAGCAGAGGAGCGCAAGCAGAGGAAGCGUAAGCAAAGGAAGCGCAAGCAGAGGAAGCACAAGCAGAGGAAGCGCAAGCAGAGGAAGCGCAAGCAGAGGAAGCGCAAGCAGAGGAAGCACAAGCAGAGGAAGCGCAAGCAGAGGAAGCACAAGCAAGAAGCACAAGCAGAGGAAGCACAAGCAGAGGAGCGCAAGCAGAGGAAGCGCAAGAAGAGGAAGCACAAGCAAAGGAAGCGCAAGCAGAGGAAGCACAAGAGAGGAAGCACAAGCAGAGGAAGCACAAGCAGAGAAGCACAAGCAGAGGAGCUCAAGCAGAGGAAGCGCAAGCAAAGGAAGAGCAAGCAGAGGAAGCACAAGCAGAGGAAGCGAGCGCAAGCAGAGGAAGCGCAAGCAGAGGAAGCGCAAGCAGAGGAAGCACAAGCAGAGGAAGCGCAAGCAGAGGAAGCGCAAGCAGAGGAGCACAAGCAGAGGAAGCGCAAGCAGAGGAAGCGCAAGCAGAGGAAGCACAAGCAGAGGAAGCACAAGCAGAGGAAGCACAAGCAGAGGAAGCGCAAGCAGAGGAAGCGCAAGCAGAGGAAGCGCAAGCAGAGGAAGCACAAGCAGAGGAAGCACAAGCAGAGGAAGCGCAAGCAGAGGAAGCGCAAGCAGAGGAAGCGCAAGCAGAGGAAGCACAAGCAGAGGAAGCGCAAGCAGAGGAAGCACAAGCAGAGGAAGCACAAGCAAGAAGAGCAAGCAGAGGAAGCACAAGCAGAGGAAGCACAAGCAGAGGAAGCGCAAGCAGAGGAAGCACAAGCAGAGGAAGCGCAAGCAGAGGAAGCGCAAGCAGAGGAAGCACAAGCAGAGGAAGCGCAAGCAGAGGAAGCACAAGCAGAGGAAGCACAAGCAGAGGAAGCGCAAGCAGAGGAAGCACAAGCAGAGGAAGCGCAAGCAGAGGAAGCACAAGCAGAGGAAGCACAAGCAAAGAAGCGCAAGCAGAGGAAGCACAAGCAGAGGAAGCACAAGCAGAGGAAGCGCAAGCAGAGGAAGCACAAGCAGAGGAAGCGAAGCAGAGGAAGCACAAGCAGAGGAAGCGCAAGCAGAGGAAGCACAAGCAGAGGAAGCACAAGCAGAGGAAGCGCAAGCAGAGGAAGCGCAAGCAGAGGAGCGCAAGCAGAGGAAGCGCAAGCAGAGGAAGCACAAGCAGAGGAAGCACAAGCAGAGGAAGCACAAGCAGAGGAAGCACAAGCAGAGGAAGCGCAAGCAGAGGAAGCGCAAGCAGAGGAAGCGCAAGCAGAGGAAGCACAAGCAGAGGAAGCACAAGCAGAGGAAGCACAAGCAGAGGAAGCACAAGCAGAGGAAGCCAAAGCAGAGGAAGCGCAAGCAGAGGAGCGCAAGCAGAGGAAGCGCAAGCAGAGGAAGCACAAGCAGAGGAAGCACAAGCAGAGGAAGCACAAGCAGAGGAAGCACAAGCAGAGGAAGCACAAGCAGAGGAAGCACAAGCAGAGGAAGCACAAGCAGAGGAAGCACAAGCAGAGGAAGCGACAAGCAGAGGAAGCGCAAGCAGAGGAAGCACAAGCAGAGGAAGCGCAAGCAGAGGAAGCACAAGCAGAGGAAGCGCAAGCAGAGGAAGCACAAGCAGAGGAAGCGCAAGCAGAGGAAGCACAAGCAGAGGAAGCGCAAGCAGAGGAAAAAAAGCACAAGCAGAGGAAGCGCAAGCAGAGGAAGCGCAAGCAGAGGAAGCGCAAGCAGAGGAAGCGCAAGCAGAGGAAGCGCAAGCAGAGGAAGCGCAAGCAGAGGAAGCGCAAGCAGAGGAAGCGCAAGCAGAGGAAGCGCAAGCAGAGGAAGCACAAGCAGAGGAAGCGCAAGCAGAGGAAGCACAAGCAGAGGAAGCACAAGCAGAGGAAGCACAAGCAGAGGAAGCGCAAGCAGAGGAAGCGCAAGCAGAGGAAGCGCAAGCAGAGGAAGCACAAGCAGAGGAAGCGCAAGCAGAGGAAGCGCAAGCAGAGGAAGCGCAAGCAGAGGAAGCACAAGCAGAGGAGCGCAAGCAGAGGAAGCGCAAGCAGAGGAAGCGCAAGCAGAGGAAGCGCAAGCAGAGGAAGCGCAAGCAGAGGAAGCACAAGCAGAGGAAGCGCAAGCAGAGGAAGCACAAGCAGAGGAAGCACAAGCAGAGGAGCGCAAGCAGAGGAAGCGCAAGCAGAGGAAGCGCAAGCAGAGGAAGCGCAAGCAGAGGAAGCACAAGCAGAGGAGCGCAAGCAGAGGAAGCGCAAGCAGAGGAAGCGCAAGCAGAGGAAGCGCAAGCAGAGGAAGCACAAGCAGAGGAAGCACAAGCAGAGGAAGCGCAAGCAGAGGAAGCACAAGCAGAGGAAGCGCAAGCAGAAGAAGCACAAGCAGAGGAAGCACAAGCAGAGGAGCGCAAGCAGAGGAAGCGCAAGCAGAGGAAGCGCAAGCAGAGGAAGCGCAAGCAGAGGAAGCACAAGCAGAGGAAGCACAAGCAGAGAAAGCACAAGCAGAGGAAGCGCAAGCAGAGGAAGCACAAGCAAGGAAGCACAAGCAGAGGAAGCACAAGAAGAGGAAGCGCAAGCAGAGGAAGCACAAGCAGAGGAAGCACAAGCAGAGGAGCAAAGCAGAGGAAGCGCAAGCAGAGGAAGCGCAAGCAGAGGAAGCACAAGCAGAGGAAGCACAAGCAGAGGAGCGCAAGCAGAGGAAGCGCAAGCAGAGGAAGCACAAGCAGAGGAAGCGCAAGCAGAGGAAGCACAAGCAAAGGAAGCGCAAGCAGAGGAAGCACAAGCAGAGGAAGCACAAGCAGAGGAGCGCAAGCAGAGGAAGCCAAGCAGAGGAAGCGCAAGCAGAGGAAGCGCAAGCAGAGGAAGCGCAAGCAGAGGAAGCGCAAGCAGAGGAAGCGCAAGCAGAGGAAGCACAAGCAGAGGAAGCACAAGCAGAGGAGCACAAGCAGAGGAAGCGCAAGCAGAGGAAGCAAAGCAGAGGAAGCAAGCAAGAGGAAGCACAAGCAGAGGAAGCACAAGCAGAGGAAGCGCAAGCAGAGGAAGCACAAGCAGAGGAAGCACAAGCAGAGGAGCGCAAGCAGAGGAAGCGCAAGCAGAGGAAGCGCAAGCAGAGGAAGCGCAAGCAGAGGAAGCGCAAGCAGAGGAAGCACAAGCAGAGGAAGCACAAGCAGAGGAAGCACAACAGAGGAAGCGCAAGCAGAGGAAGCACAAGCAGAGGAAGCAAAAGCAGAGGAGCGCAAGCAGAGGAAGCGCAAGCAGAGGAAGCGCAAGCAGAGGAAGCACAAGCAGAGGAAGCACAAGCAGAGGAAGCGCAAGCAGAAGAAGCACAAGCAGGAAGCACAAGCAGAGGAGCGCAAGCAGAGGAAGAAGAAGCAGAGGAAGCGCAAGCAGAGGAAGCACAAGCAGAGGAAGCGCAAGCAAAGGAAGCACAAGCAGAGGAAGCACAAGCAGAGGAAGCACAAGCAGAGGAGCGCAAGCAGAGGAAGCGCAAGCAGAGGAAGCGCAAGCAGAGGAAGCGCAAGCAGAGGAAGCGCAAGCAGAGGAAGCACAAGCAGAGGAAGCACAAGCAGAGGAAGCACAAGCAGAGGAAGCGCAAGCAGAGGAAGCACAAGCAGAGGAAGCAAAGCAGAGGAGCGCAAGCAGAGGAAGCGCAAGCAGAGGAAGCGCAAGCAGAGGAAGCACAAGCAGAGGAAGCACAAGCAGAGGAAGCGCAAGCAGAGGAAGCACAAGCAGAGGAAGCACAAGCAGAGGAGCGCAAGCAGAGGAAGCACAAGCAGAGGAAGCGCAAGCAGAGGAAGCACAAGCAGAGGAAGCGCAAGCAGAGGAAGCACAAGCAGAGGAAGCACAAGCAGAGGAGCGCAAGCAGAGGAAGCGCAAGCAGAGGAAGCGCAAGCAGAGGAAGCGCAAGCAGAGGAAGCACAAGCAGAGGAAGCACAAGCAGAGGAAGCACAAGCAGAGGAAGCGCAAGCAGAGGAAGCACAAGCAGAGGAAGCGCAAGCAGAGGAAGCACAAGCAAAGGAAGCACAAGCAGAGGAAGCACAAGCAGAGGAAGAGCAAGCAGAGGAAGCACAAGCAGAGGAAGCACAAGCAGAGGAGCGCAAGCAGAGGAAGCGCAAGCAAGGAAGCGCAAGCAGAGGAAGCACAAGCAGAGGAAGCACAAGCAGAGGAAGCGCAAGCAGAGGAAGCGCAAGCAGAGGAAGCACAAGCAGAGGAAGCGCAAGCAGAGGAAGCACAAGCAGAGGAAGCGCAAGCAGAGGAAGCACAAGCAGAGGAAGCACAAGCAGAGGAGCGCAAGCAGAGGAAGCACAAGCAGAGGAAGCGCAAGCAGAGGAAGCGCAAGCAGAGGAAGCGCAAGCAGAGGAAGCGCAAGCAGAGGAAGCGCAAGCAGAGGAAGCACAAGCAGAGGAAGCACAAGCAGAGGAGCGCAAGCAGAGGAAGCGCAAGCAGAGGAAGCAAGCAGAGGAAGCGCAAGCAAGGAAGCACAAGCAGAGGAAGCACAAGCAGAGGAAGCGCAAGCAGAGGAGCACAAGCAAGGAAGCACAAGCAGAGGAAGCGCAAGCAGAGGAAGCACAAGCAGAGGAAGCACAAGCAGAGGAAGCGCAAGCAGAGGAAGCACAAGCAAAGGAAGCGCAAGCAGAGGAAGCACAAGCAGAGGAAGCGCAAGCAGAGGAAGCACAAGCAGAGGAAGCACAAGCAGAGGAGCGCAAGCAGAGGAAGCGCAAGCAGAGGAAGCACAAGCAGAGGAAGCACAAGCAGAGGAGCGCAAGCAGAGGAAGCGCAAGCAAAGGAAGCACAAGCAGAGGAAGCGCAAGCAGAGGAAGCACAAGCAAAGGAAGCGCAAGCAGAGGAAGCACAAGCAGAGGAAGCACAAGCAGAGGAGCGCAAGCAGAGGAAGU